AUGACUGAUCAAACCCCUGUAGCGCUGCCGCGCAUCAACGAGCCAGCACCUAACUUCACGGCACCGACGACCCAUGGUGAGCGCUCUCUUUCCGAUUAUCACGGCAAGUGGCUGGUUCUUUUCUCGCAUCCGGCUGACUUCACACCGGUUUGCACGACUGAGUUCAUUGGGUUUGCCAAAGCACAGGACCGUUUUGCGGAACUCAACACUGAGCUACUGGGCCUUUCGAUUGACAGCCACUACGCCCACAUCGCGUGGGUGCGUGCGAUCAAGGAAAAGUUCGAUGUCGACAUCAACUUCCCGAUCAUCGCCGAUUUAUCCAUGCAGGUUGCCAAAGCGUACGGCAUGAUUCAGCCGGGUGCCUCAGAUACGGCAGCGGUGCGUGCAACCUUCAUCAUUGAUCCUGAAGGUGUGCUUCGCGCCAUGGUCUACUACCCCAUGAGCAAUGGCCGCUCGAUUGAUGAGUUUGUUCGCCUGGUAGAGGCGCUUCAGACCUCUGACGCCAAUAAAGUCGCCACGCCUGAAGGCUGGAAGCCCGGGGACAAAGUCAUCGUGCCCCCGCCAGCGACGGCUGAAGCUGCCGAGAGGCGCAGCUCAGAGGGCUAUGACACCGUGGAUUGGUAUUUCUCGACCCGCGAACUGUGA